UUAAAACCCGUCACUGCACAUGCAGUACUAAAGUUUCAACAGUAUUUACAGAGUAAAAAUAUAUAAAUUAUUAUGAGUGGAGACGGCCGAACACUAAAUACAAGUUUGGUCAGUUCUCUGAGGUUAGGUUGCUGAGGCAAAUGUAAACAAGUGCUGCGAGGAAGGAGAGUUUGGGAGAAGUGUGAAGCUGACAUCAUAGGAAGGUCAGACGUCACCUGCUCCUGGGUGAGGCAUCUCCGCCAUGCUCCUCACCUGAGGCCUCCUCACCUCUCCUAGCCAACAUGGAGGUGUCAGCGUGGACGAGGGUGGCGUGGGUGGUGAUGGUGGUUGUAGUGGUCAUCCCGAGGGCCGAGGCUACCCCACGACCCCUCAACAUCGGUGGCAUCUUCCCCAUCGGUGGAUCCGACGGCUGGCAAGGCGGUCAAGCAUGUCAGCCGGCGGCCAUGUUGGCUAUGGAAGACGUCAACCAAAGACCAGACCUCCUGCCAGGGUAUGAGCUCAACCUCGCCUGGAAUGACUCCCUGUGUGAGCCUGGCCUCGGAGCUGCCGUGAUGUACGACCUGCUGUACAACCCACCCACCAAGUUGAUGUUGUUGGGUGGCUGCUCGACCGUCUGUACCACCAUCGGCGAGGCUGCUAAAAUGUGGAACCUGGUUGUGCUAUCGUACGGGUCCAGCUCGCCAGCGCUGAGUGACCGCCAGAGGUUCCCGACGUUCUUCAGGACGCAUCCAUCAGCCACAGUGCACAACCCCACCAGGAUCAGGGUGAUGCAGAAGUACAACUGGUCUAGGGUGGCCAUCAUCCAGCAGGCUGAGGAGGUCUUCAUCUCCACGGUGGAGGAUCUGGAGGUGCGGUGUAAGGAUGCCGGGAUAGAGAUAGUCACCCGUCAGAGCUUCCUCACUGAUCCUACGGACGCCGUCAGGAACCUGAAGCGGCAGGACGCCAGGAUCAUCGUAGGACUCUUCUACGUCAGCGCAGCCAGGAGGGUCCUCUGCGAGAUUUACAAGAAUAAACUCUACGGCAAGAGUUACGUCUGGUUCUUCAUUGGCUGGUACGAGGAUAACUGGUUCGAGAAUCACCUGGUGGAGGAGAACCUUAACUGCACCAGAGAAGAGAUGAAGCAGGCAGCGGAGGGUCACCUCACCACAGAGGCUCUAAUGUGGAACAAGGACAACGAGAAGACCAUCUCGGGCAUGACUGCUGGAGACUUCAGGCUGCGUCUGAACCAGGCGCUGAUAGACCGUGGCUACGAGAACCAGAGUACGCCCGUGGGAUACCAGGAAGCUCCUCUGGCUUACGAUGCCAUCUGGAGUGUGGCACUGGCACUGAACAAGACGAUGGAGGUGCUGGCAGCAGUGAACAGGUCUAUUGAGGAGUUCACCUAUACUAACGAGGAGAUAGCCAGGGAACUAUACAAGGCCAUGAACGCCACACAGUUCCUUGGUGUCUCGGGGCGUGUAGCGUUCAGCACCGACGGUGACAGGAUAGCGUGGACACAAGUGGAGCAGAUGAUUGACGGCCGCUACCACAAGCUGGGCUACUACCACGUACAAACUGACAACCUCACCUGGUUCAACAGAGAACAGUGGAUAGGAAGCAAGGUGCCGCAAGACCGUACCAUCGUCAGGCGGCAGCUGCGGACGGUAUCUCUAGCUCUUUUCAUCAGCAUGUGUACCAUCAGCACCAUCGGGGCAGUGUGGGCACUCUUCCUUCUCGGUUUUACCUUCGCCCACAGACACCGCAGACUGAUCCAGCUGUCACACCCUGCCUGCAACAACAUCACCCUGGUUGGGAUCGUGCUGUGUCUAGGAUCCAUCUUCCUGCUGGGGUUGGAUGGUCAGUUUGUCAGCCAGCAACAGUUCCCUACGGUGUGUGGUCUAAGAGCGUGGUGUCUCACCCUGGGCUUCACCCUCGCCUAUGGUGCCAUGUUCUCCAAGAUCUGGCGAGUCCACAGACUCACCACCAAGACCAAGAUGGAGAAUAAGAGGGUGGAGCCGUGGAAGCUGUACGUGAUGGUGGGGAGCUUCGUGGUGGUGGACGUGAUCGUCCUUAGUGUGUGGCAGGCGGUGGAUCCCCUGCAGAGGAGGCUGGAGGUCUUCCCUCUGGAGAAGCCAAAGGACGCUGUUGAGGACAUUAAGAUUAAGCCAGAACUGGAACACUGCGAGAGUAAACACAACACUAUCUGGCUAGGUUUGCUGUACGGAUACAAGGGCCUCCUUCUAAUCUUCGGUCUUUUCCUGGCUUACGAGACGAGAAGCAUUAAACUCAAGCAGAUAAACGACUCUCGACUGGUGGGUAUGAGCAUCUACAACGUAGUGGUGCUGUGCCUCAUCACAGCGCCAGUCACUCUGGUUAUAUCCACGCAACAGGACGCCUCCUUUGCCUUCGUCUCUCUCGCCAUCAUCUUCUGCUGUUUCCUCUCCAUGGCUCUUGUCUUCGUUCCUAAGAUCGUGGAGAUCGUGCGUCACCCGGGGGAGCGUGUGGAGGCCACGGGGGAUACCGCCCCCAGCAAGGAGGAGGAAGAGAGGUACCACAAACUUCUCCACGAAAACGAAGAAAUGCAGAGACUAAUUGCUGAGAAAGAGGAGAAGAUCAGGCUGUUGAAGUUAAAGCUUCAGGAGCGAACCGUCUUGAGGAACAGGGAACAGCAGCAGCAACAGCAGCAGCAACAACAACAGCAACAGCUGGCAUCAGAAAACCACGUAGCGGGAGUAGAUUAUUCUACCCACCACAUGCGUCUACGCCAGGUAUCCAAGGAUUCCCAGAAAGACACUCAACCCUUGCUUACCACCGAUAUAGAACUGUAUUACGGCUGUGGUCGUCCAGCAGUGAGGAUCGUGACUCCCGAUGCGUCCUCUGGAGGGGAUCACGCCUCAGUCCCGAGGAUCAGUUUCGACAUCUCUGAGUCUUAUCUGUGAAGUCCCCAGCAUCACCCGACCCGUGGCUCUGUGAGGCACUGGGCUCGUGGACCAGUGGACUACUAGGCCUGUGGACCAAUGAGAUGCUGGAAUCAUGGACCAUUGGACAGCUAAGAUCAAUGAGUCACUGAAUCCAUGAACAAAUGAACCCAUAGACCAAUUGACUAUUGAACUCAUGGCCUGAACCCAUGAAUUAGUGCAAUACCAGAUCCACGGACCAGCGGAACAAUGGUCCCAUGGUCAAAUGUUCCACUAAAACUAUGGGCUAAUGCCACACUGAAUCAGUGAUCAGUGAGAUACGAGACCAAUGGACCACUGAACCUGACUCCUUGGGCUCAUGGACCUCUGAAUUCACUGGCAGGUUGCGUAUUCAUGAAUCAUUGUAUCAUUGGAACUAUGGGCUUCGGGUUCAUGAAAUACCACAUCCAGGAAUCAUAAGUUAAUGAAUCGUUAAAUACACGAAUCGCAAGUCAGUGAAACACUGAACUCAUAAGCAAUGAAGUAAUAAAUCACAGAUUCAGUGGAUCAGUGAGCCAUUGAGUUAAUAGACUAACGAACCACUGAAUCCCCUUACCACCAGUGGUUCACCAGAAAGAUGGACCUCUGGACCAGUGGUAUAUUGUGUCAAUAGCUGGGGCUGAGGCCUGUAGGGAGAACGCUGCCUCCUACAAAGCGGCGAGGAUGCCUGAAGGAUACUCGAGGUUAUGGCUCUAAGCAUCUAUCCUCGAAAACCUUUCGAGAAUUUGUGCCCGAAGAUACGUUUUCAUGGUCACUCUCUUCUGGGUAUGACUUCGAGGACGCUCUUCUUCGAAAGACUUAAUCUCAGUAUUUCUUUCCCCUAAUAUUUCUCGAGAACGUUCCCUGGAAAACACGUUUUCGACUUCGUCUUCUCGGGGGGGGGGGGG